AUGGCGAAAUGGGGUCUCCUGCCUACUGGGGCGGCCACCACAGGUUCCUACGACUCCGACCCCACGAGUUCGGACGAAGCUGAAGCUCCGACCCCAGCCAUAGCCGACCGUGCUGAGAAGAUGAGGCGUCGACUGAUGCAGCGCUUGUCUGGCACCCCAGCAGCUUCCGCCUCUCUUCCUUCUCCAGCUCUCCGGGCGACUCCGACUCCACCAAGGAACGUUGUGGACUUGUCGCCUUCUCCUACUACUUCUCCUUCCAGGCUUCCGCCUCCGGCCCCAACGGAGAACCCAAGCUCCAAGCGCCCGCUGGAGCAGUCGGAUGCACCUCAGCCGAAGAAAAUCUAG